AAGAGUCUAUAAAUUUGACUAAAUCUUAUUUGAGUUGAUUGUAAGAAGUACUAAGUAGCAAGUACGAAGUUUGCGGGUUCUUGGUUCUCAUUUUCAGAGUAGAACAGUGUCACUCAGUCACACACAGUAAAUGGCUUCCUCAGGCGGGCAUCACGAUCAUCACGAUCAUCACCAUGACCAUGAGCACGAGCAUCAUGAGGGUGGAGAGGGAAAGCGCAAUUCAUGGGUGGGUGAGGAUGGGAGGGUGUACCACAGCCACGAUGGUCUCGCACCGCAUUCUCACGAGCCCAUAUACUCCCCUGGAUACUUCAGCAGAAGAGCUCCACCUCUUCACAACAGAAACUUCAACGAAAGAGCCUUCACCGUUGGAAUUGGUGGACCUGUUGGUACUGGAAAAACAGCUCUCAUGUUGGCCCUUUGUGAAUUCCUGCGGGAUAACUACAGUCUUGCAGCUGUCACAAAUGAUAUAUUCACUAAAGAGGAUGGUGAGUUUUUGGUGAAGCACAAAGCACUUCCAGAGGAAAGGAUACGCGCUGUCGAAACUGGGGGUUGCCCACAUGCUGCUAUAAGAGAGGAUAUCAGUAUUAAUCUUGGACCCUUGGAGGAGCUUUCUAACCUCUAUAAAGCUGAUUUACUUCUCUGUGAAUCUGGGGGAGAUAACCUGGCUGCCAAUUUCAGCAGGGAAUUGGCUGACUAUAUCAUUUACAUAAUAGAUGUGUCUGGUGGUGAUAAAAUUCCACGGAAAGGUGGCCCUGGAAUCACACAAGCUGAUCUCCUUGUGAUAAACAAGACUGACCUUGCUCCAGCAAUUGGAGCUGAUUUGGCAGUCAUGCAGCGGGAUGCUCUGAGGAUGAGAGAUGGAGGGCCAUUUGUCUUUGCACAGGUGAAGCAUAAGAUUGGAGUAGAAGAAAUUGUGAAUCAUGUCAUACAGGCAUGGGAAGCAGCCACAGGGAACAAACGUCGUUAAAAUCUGUUUGAAAUAACGGUUUCCUUUAUGUUGUAUGUUUUCUUAGUAUGUUCAAAAACAACACUAGAAACAUGAUGUUCACAAUGUGGACUCCUCUUAUGUUGUGUCUAUUCCUGCAUGUUACUGUAAGAACUUAAUAAACAUGUUACUGCUUAAUGCUUAUCCUUUUCUCUA